AAUGGUAGGUUUACUUUAAGUUCUUUGAGGUAUCUCCAUACUAUUUUCCAUACAGGCUGUACUAGUUUUCAUUCCUACCAAGAGUGUAUAAGUGCUCCUUUCUCUCUGCAUCCAUGCCAGCAACUGUUGUUUUGGGACUUUUGAUAAAAGCCAUUCUCACUGGAGUUAGGUGAUAUCUCCCAGUUUUGAUCUGCAUUUUCCUGAUGAUUAGAGACGUUGAGCAACUGUGUUUUAACACCUUUCCUACCGCUCACGAGUUUUCUUGGGUUUCCCCGCGCCAUCUGUUAAGGACCGCUCACGAGUUUUCUGUAGUUAUGAUGAUUUAAAUAACGUGCAGUUUGCUCCAAAACGUGCGGUCCCUGGUGUAUAACUUAGAGAUUUCUAUGCGGUAUGAAAUGUGUUAACAUAAUUGGUUUCCUUUGUAAUACUAUAUUUUAAAUGCACUUGAAAACAUUUAGGAGACACAGGUUUUGCCAGAUUGCCAAAGGGGCCAUGGGACAAAAAGGGUUAAAAACUUUACUCCUAUCCAGAACACCUCUUCCCAAAUUCCCAAUCUUUACUACAUACCCUGCUAUUUUCCCUUUAAAUCACUGGGUGUUAGACAUGAAUAUCUUUGUUAUUCCUUGAACAAAACAAAUCUUCUACCUCAUAGCUUUUACACUUGCUGUUUCUUCUGCCCGACUUGCUCGCAGGUGAGGCUUUAUCAUGCAAAUAUCACGCCCCAACUGUUUUUCAUCUUCACUUUUUCUGACGGAAAGGACCUCAAGUAGUUUGGGAAGUAAAACAGAAUUGAGGGACCCGGGGAAAGGCACACAGCAUGUAGGUUCUGUACUGCGGUUAGCAAAACGUUUUACAUAAUUUUAAUUUGAAGGAAACGUCUGAAUUACUAUUUGGAUUUCCCUUUGGCAUAAACAGCCAGAGAAUGUAAACUAAGAUCAUAGACCUCGACUUCCACAAUAUACUAUUUAAUCCUAACACAAUUCCAGAGGGUCAAAAAGGCGGAGAGUUUGCCCUCUAGGGUUCUGGAGCUAAUAAACAGUAGAAUUUGAAUUCGAACCUAGGGCUGUGGGACAAUAAAGCUCUUGCAAUUUCGACACAAAGUGUCUCAGGUUAGCCAAGCCUACUCAGAACACCCUAAAAGCGGUGUUUUGCCAAAUGGGGACACUGGAACCCUGGAGCUACAAAAAGUUCGCAGGCCAAUUAGCCAUUCAAAAACAAACCGUGGCUGCUUCCGCUUCCGGCAUGAUCAGUCCCUAAUCCGCUAUAACUAAGGGCUGACGCCUUAGCGAUUCAGACGAUGGAUUUGGAACCCACUUUGCUACUGUGGAUCUGAUGCUCUUCUGAGAAACGGGGCAGUCGGAACCAACGGUAAUAACGAUAAAAAUACAGUUCGCAGAAGACGGUAAAAGUUACUCUGGACUCCCAAGCACUCUGCCAGCAGCCAACCAAUUAUCUCGCGAGAGGACGGGUCCUCAGAAGGCACAAACCUAGCGCCCAAAUUUUGCUGUCAAGUUAAAUUCCGGGGUGCGGAAGUGGCUUCGUGGUGCCGCCUCUCGCUCAGAAAUCAGCCCCCUUUCCACACCGAAAGCUAGAUCUUCGCCCGCUAUGGAAGGGCAGCAGGGCCAAGAAAGCCACGCAACCCUAGCACUUGCCCACGCUCACUUCAAAAAGGGCGAGUACACCGAGGCUGAGGCGCAGUACUCCGUUUACAUUCGCCAGUGCGCCUAUUUGGCCUCCUUCCGCGCGAAUCCCGGGAGCAAAUGCAGCCCUGAGGAUUUGGCUACUGCAUAUAACAACAGGGGGCAAAUCAAGUACUUCAGGGUUGAUUUUUAUGAAGCCAUGGAUGACUACACAUCUGCCAUAGAAGUCCAACCCAAUUUUGAAGUUCCGUAUUACAACAGAGGGUUGAUACUGUAUAGGCUGGGAUAUUUUGAUGAUGCUUUGGAAGAUUUCAAGAAGGUAUUAGACAUAAAUCCUGGAUUUCAAGAUGCUGCUUUGAGCUUAAAACAGACUAUUCUAGACAAGGAAGAAAAACAAAGAAGAAAUAUUGAAAAUAAUUAUUGAGAUUUUAAACUUUAUGGAAAUACUAAAGCAUGAUCCUUACACCUUCAUUUAGUUGUAUAAUUUAAAAUAGAUAUUGAGAUAUUUUGAUUUAUAUUUAAGAUAAAGAGAUUCAUGGAUUAGUACUGAAAUUUAAAUAAUGUGUUUAAGGUAGUUAAUUCCAGGUUGAAUAGGUAUGUGUUUUGUAAAGUGUAAAUAAAUAAUAUCAAUGUAUAAGUGCAUAUUAUUACAGUAAAAUAUU